AUGGCCGCAGCAGAACCAACCUACGACAGAACCCGGCCCCUCCCCACCGUUCAACCACUUUACCAUCACAAACUUGUUAAUUGCCCCGGGAUGUCAAUCAUUGGCGUGCUGGUGAAAUUCCCUCCUAAUGGCGCUUCCCCCCCGCACCGACACGGCGGUGCCUCCGUUUCCGCAUACUUGCUUCAAGGCACCCUGCAUAAUAAAAUGAAUGAUGACCCCAUGUACACCGUCCAGCAAGGAGGCACAUGGUUGGAGAAGCCUGGCUGCCACCAUAAGAUUAGCGCGAAUGUGAGCGCAACCGAGCCCGCGACGAUACUGGCAACUUUCGUGAUCGAGACGGAAAAGAUGGAAAGGGAUGGCCAUACGAUCCUUGUUCAGGUUGAUGAGGAAUAUCGAGAUUUAGUGUUUCCAGAACCUGAGGGUAACAUGCUUUGA